CUGGAUGUUUUUAUUGUCAGUCAGUGGAAUCCAGUAGUAUGUGGGAGUGGCGGUUUCAAUGUUAGUGAUAUUUAAUGUACUUUAUAAUGAGUAAUAACGCUUUUAGUUUAUUUUUAUCUUUAGUGUUUUUUGUAACCGUGGUCUUCGGCUUUAAUUUAGAAACAAGAUUACCUGUGAUAAAACGAGGAGGUGGAAACACAUACUUUGGUUAUUCUGUGGCCGAACAUCAGUCGGUGAAUGAAAUAGAUGAUGCCAUUGAACAUAGUUGGUUGCUGGUGGGGGCUCCGCUGGGACAGAAUCUACAGCCCGGCACCAACAGGUCGGGGGCGCUGUGGAAGUGUCCGCUGACCACAUGGACCGACGACUGCGAGCAGGUCAUCACCGACGGCAAGAGAAACGCAGUCGACGGCUUCUAUGACUCGUCCAUAGACUCGGACAACCUGAUGCCACCACUGGACGAUGAGAUCAAGGACAACCAAUGGCUAGGAGUCACCGUGCGGAGUCAGGGAGCCGGCGGGAAAGUCAUAGUGUGCGCUCACCGCUACAUACGGAAGGGGGAGGAGUACCAGUGGGGGCAAGGGCUGUGCUACUCCUUGACGCAACGUUUGGACUACGAAGACAGCUGGGAACCCUGCAAGGGCAAACCUACCAAUCUGGCCCACGAGCAGUACGGCUAUUGCCAGGCCGGCACCAGUGGUCUGCUGCUCAACGACGAUACGGCUUUGAUUGGCACCCCUGGGCCGUACACGUGGCGAGGCACUGUCUUUGUCUUCAGCGUCUCCGAUGAUUUCCUACUGCGGGACAAGAACUUCUACUACGGCCCUGUCAUCGAGGGGGAGGCUCCUGUCGACAAGUACAGUUAUCUAGGCAUGUCGGUGACGGCGGGUCAGUUCCUGGAGGAAGGACGAAUGGUGUAUGCGGCAGGAGCACCUCGGGCAGGGGGUACAGGUCAGGUCGUGCUGUUUGCCAAGAACCCUACUGCCACCGCAGUGAUGCUACAGGUACUACAGGUCAUCGGUGGAGAACAGUUCGCCUCCAGCUUCGGAUACGAGGUGUCCACCGCUGACGUCAAUGGUGACGGUCUACCGGACUUGCUAGUGGGGGCUCCAUUCUACUUCACACGUGAGGACGGAGGUGCUGUCUACAUCUACAUGAACAAGGACCACUGCCUCAACUGCAGUCAACCUGUCAAACUCACCGGAAAGUCCGAGUCGAGGUUUGGAUUUGCCAUUGCCAACUUGGGUGAUCUGAACAAGGAUGGAUUUGAAGAUGUUGCCAUCGGUGCCCCCUACGAGGGGAAUGGAACUGUUUACAUCUACCUGGGUUCCAAAGAUGGACUCAUUGUGGAACCCUCUCAGACAAUCCGUGCAGACAGUUUCCCCGGAGUGUGGACCCUAGGCCACUCCCUGUCCGGAGGCCUGGACCUGGACAAGAACGGCUACCCGGACCUGCUGGUGGGAGCGUACGAGAGUGACAGCGUAGUGCUGCUGAGAGCUCGGCCCAUCGUCGGGCUGGUGACCAGCGUAGAGCCUGUAGACGACAUCACCAACAUCGACCCCAACAAGAAAGGCUGUGCCAGGGACCCGGACUCGGAGUUCACCUGUUUCUCAUUCCGAUCGUGUGUGGUACUGGAGUCACGUGUGACAGUGGAGGGACGAGCGGUGGGUGACGGUUUGGGCCUGCUCUACAAGCUAGAAGCGGAUAAGAAGCGCAAGCUGCCACGAGUGUACCUGGGUCCUGACACGGAUUCCAGAAUGUCCACAGUGGAGAUGGGAGUCGUGCUGACCCUUGACCCCCGCACUGGUCAGCUCAAGAACUGCCAGGAACACACGGUUUACAUCAAGGAGAACACACGAGACAUUCAGUCUCCGAUAGCAUUCAAGCGAAGCUAUUCACUAGAGCAAGAGGAACCAGUGCCCCCGUCCGAGGGUGAACCUCUGCCUCCCGUGGAUAACCUGCCUAUACUCAACCAACAAGAAGCGGACAAGGUGUUUUACGUCACCUUCCUCAAGGACUGCGGCGAUAAUGAUAUCUGUGAGAGCGAACUUUCAGUCGUGGCUUCGUUGCAGUUGCCUACCACCGGAGAGAACAAGUCAUCCUGGGAGCUAAUGCUGGGUCAGCACAUGGAAGUAGUGCUGAACAUCACGGCACACAACCUGCAGGAGUCAGCGUACGAGGCUCAGCUGUUCGUGUCACACCCGGCCAGUCUCAGCUACAUCGGCCGCUCCCAAGCCCAGGAAAAGAUGUCCAAAAUGUGGGAUGAUGAGGGCAAGCAGUUGACAUGCAACCCAUUCAACUCCACGCUGGUAGCCUGUAGCCUCGGCAACCCGCUGACUAGGGACCAGGAGGCGGUGGAGUUGCAGCUCAGGUUCGACCCUCGGGAGUUGGACGACUCCCAGAGCCUGCUGGAGUUCACAGUGUGGGCCAACUCCACCAGUGUCGUGGUCAACCCUCAGGAGCCUCUGGUGCUGCGGGCCACCGUAGUCAAGCGUGCUGAACUGUCUCUCAAGGGGGUAGCCAAGCCGGAGCAGGUGCUGUAUGGAGGUCCGGUGCGAGGCGAGUCUGCGAUGGUGUACAAGGACGAGAUCGGCUCCAGAGUGCAACACACCUACCAGGUGUAUAACCAGGGGCCUUGGCGAGUGUCUAACCUGGAGAUACACAUAGAGUGGCCAUUCCAAGUGGCCAACACCAAGCCUCUGGGCAAGUGGCUGCUCUACAUGGAGGAGAAACCAUACAUUGAAGCAUUGAGUGGAGGAGAGUGCUUCAUGGCCCCGAACCAGGUGAACCCCCUGGGGCUGGUGGACCGACCGGGGCUACUGGAAGUGCCACUAGAUGGCAGCACACCGGUGCCCCCGUACAAUGUCUCACAGGAGGGGAACGGUGAGGGGCAGCGCACGCGACGACGACGUGACGCAGAGAUGGUUGUCACGGCCGAGACCUACAAAGACAAGGACGGCCGUAUUCACAGAGUUGUCAACAUGAACUGCUUGCUGGGCACCGCCAAGUGUUUUAAGUUCCGAUGUGUCGUCUAUAACUUGCAGAAGAACCAGGAGGCCACCAUCUCCAUCCGAGCAAGGCUGUGGAACUCCACGCUGGUGGCGGACUACCCCAAGGUGGACCAUGUCUCCAUAUCUUCCCGAGCCAAGCUGCACAUCCCUCCAUCCCUCAUCAUCCACCAGGACACCAGUGACGAUGUCGCUCAGGUGGAGACGUUGUGCAAAGUGGACCUGUUGGAGCAGCAGGCAGCCGAGCCUGUGCCGUGGUGGAUCUACAUAGUGGCUAUAGUCGUCGGUCUCCUGCUGUUGAUUUUGCUGAUCCUGCUACUCUGGAAGUUGGGCUUCUUCAAGCGGCGGCGGCCCGACCCCACACUGUCGGGCAACCUGGAGAAACAUCGCAUCGACGACAACCAUGACUACUAGUCAUCACACCCAAGUGACAUCUGACUGUAAUUAUUAUUAAAAUUGUACGCGAGCUCUCGCCUUCCCACCACAACAUGUUGGCCCACUCAGGGUGAAAAAGAUUAUCAUUAAUCACUAACAGAUUUAAUAAAUGUAUGAAAACUAUAAAUUCGUAUGAGAAUAACAUUCAAUUGGCAGUUGAAGGAAAUAAGGAGCCGAAAUUUAAAUAGUUUGUUUGAUAACAAAUUUCUUAAUAAUUGUUGUUUAUAAAAUUUUGAAUUUUGUAUAUGUUUUUUAAUAUGCCAUUUUAAGAAAUACUAAGAAAUAUAAUUAUUUUAUUACAUU